CUAGCACACUCUGGCCCAGGGGUUCUCAGCUUCAGUUCUUCAGCCAGAUCGGACGCGCGCUCCACCGGUCCUCCCGCCUCCUCCAGGCUACUCCAGGUUUCAGGCUACUCCAGGUUCUUCCCGGCUCCUCCAGACUCCUCUAGGUUCCUCCAGGGUCCUCCAGGUUCCUCUAGGUUCCUCCAGCCUCUUCCAGGCUCCUCCAGCCUCCUCCAGCCUCCUUCAGGCUCCUUCAGGCUCCUCCAGGUCUUCCCGGCUCCUCCAGGUUCUUCCAGGCGCCUCCAGGUUCCUCCAGGUCCCUCCAGCCUCCUCCAGGCUCCUCCAGGCUCCUCCAGCCUCCUUCAGGCUUCUCCUGGUUCUUCCCGGAUCCUCCAGGUUCUUCUCGGCUCCUCCAGGUUCUUCCAGGCGCCUCCAGUUUCCUCCAGGUCCCUCCAGCCUCCUCCAGGCUCCUCCAGCCUCCUUCAGGCUUCUCCUGGUUCUUCCCUGAUCCUCCAGGUUCCUCCAGGCUCCUCAAGGUUCCUUCAGGCUCCUCCAUUAACACUGAAAUUCUCUCCUGAAACGCAAUGACGAGUUGAUUUUGCGAUUGUGAAGAGGAUUGUGGGUGUUGAUUGUGUUUGUGACAAGUGCUGCAUUUAAAAACAAGGGGAUUUCUGGAGAUUUAUUUCCCGUAAGAUUAGGGGAUUUCUAGAGAUUUCCUCCCUGUAAGAAGAGGGGAUUUUUGGGGAAAUUUUCUUCCCCGUAAGAGCAAGAGAUUUCCGAGGAUUUCUUUCCCAUAAGAACAUAAUUUCUGGGGAUUUCGUCCCUAUAAGAAUAGGGGGAUUUCUGGAGAUUUCGGCCUUAAAAGAAGAGGGGAUUUCUGGAGAUUUCUUGGGAUUUCUUCCCUAUAAGAAGUGGAGGAUUUCUGGAGAUUUCUUGGGAUUUCUUCCCUAUAAGAAGAGGAGGAUUUCUGGAGAUUUCGGCCUUAUAGGAAGAGGGGAUUUCUGGAGAUUUCUUGGGAUUUCUUCCCUGUAAGAAGAGGAGGAUAUCUGGAGAUUUCUUGGGAUUUCUUCCCUAUAAGAAGAGGAGGAUUUCUGGAGAUUUUGUGGCAGUGAGAGAAAGGGAUUACUUAAAAAAAUUAGUCACGGAGUCAACCGAAGAAAUUCCUGAGCACUCAGCCAUCGGUCUGUGUGUUUAUCUACACAACCAUCUCUUCUGUAGGAUGCCCAGUGACUGCAAGAGGAUGGGCGAGGCACCUAAGGUGCAACUGGAAGGAGGUGAACCAAAGAGAAGGUACCAGGUGACCCUCCUAGGUGACGCCAGGGUCGGCAAGUCGACAAUUAUCUCGCAGUUCCUCUACGACAAGAUCCUGACCAGCUACACACCCACCAUCGAGGAACUACACAGAGGAGAGUACGAGAACGAGGGAGAGAUGUUGAUCCUGGACCUGCUGGACACGUCGGGGUCACACCAGUUUCCUGCUAUGAGAGAGCUUGCUAUUAGACACUCAGACGCUUUCCUCUUAGUUUACACUAUUGAUAGUGUAGCUUCGUGGGAGCUGCUGUCUACCUUGAGAGAGGAGAUCGUACGUCUUCGAGGUAGCAGAGUGCCAGUGGUGGUGGUGGGUAACAAGAGCGACCUGCAACACAGGAGGGCCGUCAACAGGGCCACGGUCCAGGCCAGAGUCGAACUGGACUGGAAUCAUUGUUAUGUUGAGACCUGUGCAUUGCAACCUGACUCUGUGUUGGCGUUGUUCAAGACGGUGUUGAAUGAGGGCCAGGUGAGUGUUGCUGGUGUUGCAUGA